ACAAGAUGUCGGCUGUCUUCUGAGAUGACUUCUAGAAUGUGGCCAUGUCUCAGAUCUUUCAACUCACUGAAGCAUCUUACCAUCUCAGACUCCUCUCUCAGCUUCCCUCCAUCUCCUCCUGAGCUACCAUCGGUCACAAACAUAUCAGCCGAGAGAGUGACGUCACAGUGCUAUGAAGGUCUAAUCUCAUCGCUCCCUGGUUUGGAAGGUAUUGAUAUCACGAUGGAUGAUGCGGAGGGAGACAUUGAUCGUUACACCGCUGUUCUUCGUCGAACAGCAGGGCAGAAACUCAAACGCAUUUAUCUUCAUGGUCCGUCAUCACUUUCACCAGAGAAGAGCCGUGUAACGAGAGAGACAAUGAGAGGACUGGGUCUGGUCAUCAAAGAACAUACACAGAACCUGCAGAAGCUCCAUCUGAAAUGGGUGAAGUGUACAGACGAGGAUGACUUAGUUUACCUUAUCGACUGCUGCAGACAUGUGAAAGCGAUGAGAUACGUUUGGUAA